UCCACACUUAUCAUAGACACUUCUUCAGGCAGAAUCUUUCUGAUAACCUGAUAACAAUUCGACUUGAUUGUCAACUUUACCUGAAAGAAUGUAUUUUGUGCUCAGUGUAGUUUUGCCUCUGCUUAUGCUUUCCUUUGGGCAGUGUGCAGUCGUCAAUAACACAGAAACCAGAAUUGCCUCCAAUACAAUCAGUGUGCUUAAUGGACAGAUAUGGGGUACAUGGGGAGUUACUCAGAAGUGUCCUUCAGGCACCUAUGCUACAGGUUUUAGCCUCCUGGUUGAAGGAAAUCAGGGUUUUUGGGGCGAUGACACGGCCCUAAAUGGAAUUGCUCUUUACUGCUCAAAACCCAUCGGCUCCAACGGGAUUGUUGGGACCUACACAACAAUCAAGUCUUCUGUAGGAAGCUGGGGGUCUUGGACAGCAAACAAGUUUUGCCCAAGUGGAGUGCUGAAAGCUUUCCAGCUGCAAGUGGAGAGUUAUCAGGGAUGGUAUGCAGAUGAUACCGCUGCUAACAACAUAAGGUUUUCAUGCACUGGAAACCAGGUGUUGCAAGGCUUGGGCAUGAGCUGGGGAUCCUGGGGUUCCUGGAGUCCAAGUUGUGGAGGAACUGGCAUUUGCGGGAUCCAAACAAAAGUGGAGUCACCCCAGGGUGCAUCUGAUGACACGUCUCUAAAUGAUGUCAUCUUUAACUGCUGUUAAAAAUAAGUAAGAGUUGACAGGACAAGAACAUGAACUUGAUCAUAAUCAGUUUUCGGAAUGGAUUAUAAUCACAAAUUAAUAUAAUCUUCCAGUAAUCACAAACAUGUACUCGCUGAUGAUUUAGUCUUAUCUUUUAUCCUUUGCCUGUUCUUUAAUUAAAUUUCAUAAUAAAUAAAACAUGUUCAU